CGGAGAACGAAGCAAGCCCAGCCGGCAUCGGGGCGCUGGGGGGCAUUUGGGGGAGCCGAGGGGCGCCCCUAUGCAGUGGGCAGUGAGUUGGGAAGCCAAGAAAUCUGUAUGGGCAAGGGGAGAGGGACCAAGCGUGCAAUCCUAAGAAUCAACCUGUCUUGUGCUCUUCACAAACAAGCCCUGGUUUGUGUGUGACAUUUUAAUGCAACCUUUUUUAGAGAUGGCUGACUUUCUGAAUUUUCCUCGCUGAUGGUUGAUUAAAUUUUGGAAGCACAAGAUGCAAAUUGCUGCUCUGCUGUUUUAAUGCUACGCACACAUCCAAGGAAGUAAGCCUCUCUCCCCAGAGAGAGACUAUAAAAUGCAUGUUAUGAAUUGUGUCUCCUUGGUCAAUGAUAAAGAAAAUGGAGCUAUUUCAGCUGAAGCUGGAUUAAUGAUUGGAGAUACAACAGAGCCACAAGAGACACAGCCGCCUCCACCACCACCACCUCUACCUCCUCCACCAUGUUCAUCUACAGAAUCUGUAUUUUCUUCACCAGCUGGGGUGGUACCACCGCCACCACCUCCUCCUCCUCCAGUACUAAGCAGACCUCCAUUGCCGCAGGUUGUAAAUGGGCACGGCCACCAGAGCAAGAAGAAGCGGAUACGUAAUUUCUUCUGGAAAACUAUCCCUGAAGAACAAGUUCGGGGUAAAACCAAUAUCUGGACUGUUGGUGCAAAGCAGAGCUACCAAAUUGAUACAAAGACAAUUGAAGAAUUCUUUGGCCAGCAUGAAGAAACCGCACGACUGGACGCCAGGCACAAAAGUUCAAGGAGAUCAUUUAAAGAUGCCAAACAAGAGAUUAAUAUUUUGGAUGCCAAAAGAAGUAUGAAUAUUGGGAUUUUCCUCAAGCAAUUCAAAAAAUCUGUUGGAUCCAUAAUUGAAGAUCUUCACUCAGGAAGAAGUGAUCUCUAUAGUUCUGAGACACUACGUGAACUUCUUAAGUUAUUGCCAGAAACAGAAGAGAUAAAAAAAUUAAAAGACUUCGGUGGAGACUUAUCCAAAUUGUGUCAAGCAGAUUCUUUUAUGUACUCGUUAAUCCAGGUGCCAAAUUACUCGCUGCGAAUUGAAGCCAUGAUGUUGAAAAAAGAAUUCUCCCCAUCUUGUACGUCUCUCCAGAAAGACAUGACGAUCAUAAGAAGGGCUACCAAGGAGCUAAUGUGCUGUGAAGAAUUACAUUCCAUAUUGCAUUUGGUCCUUCAGGCUGGGAACAUCAUGAAUGCGGGAGGCUUUGCUGGCAAUGCAGUUGGAUUUAAACUGUCCUCAUUACUCAAGUUGGCAGAUACAAAAGCAAACAGGCCUGGGAUGAACCUGCUUCAUUUUGUUGCUUUGGAAGCCCAAAAGAAGGAUAAAAUUCUUCUAACCUUUUCAGAAAAAUUGCAGCAUGUUCAAGAGGCAGCCAGAAUACCUCUUGAUAACCUAGAAGCAGAGCUUAAUUCACUCUCCACAAAAACAAAAUCUCUUAAAGAAAACAUUCGAAAAGAUGCGGAGCUGUUCCGCCAGAUGGAAGGCUUUUUCCAGUUUGCUGUAAAAGAACUAAAAGAGCUUGAACAGUGGAAACGGGACCUGCUGAAAGAAGCAAAUGCUCUUAUGGACUUUUUGUGUGAAGAUAAAGAAACGGUGAAACUGGAGGACUGCUUUCAGAUAUUUAGGGAUUUUUGCCUAAGGUUCAACAAAGCUGUUAAGGAAAACAAGGAAAGAGAGACCCAUGAACUUCAGCAGCUGCAGCGUUUAAAAGAGCGGGAAAAACGUCUGUCGUGGGUUGCAGGAGAGCUUGGCACUUUCGGCAGGAGCAGUAGUGAAAGUGAUGUUGGUACAUUGACUAGGAGAGGCCUUGAAGAUUUUCUACCUUUCUUGCAGCAGAGGCCCCAAAGUCCUGCCUACAGAAAUGCCAGCAUCAGGCGUUCCCGGCAUUCCUUGGGAAUCACGGCAGACCGAGAGCUGUUGGCUUUCCUGGAGAUUUCAAAGGAUGAGGAGCCAAGCAAGUCAAACAGCCUCCCCCGUGCACAAGCAAGACCCAGUGUAGCUUGGACUGAAUCUAAAGAGCAUGGAGAGCAUAGUUUAACUAACUCAAACUUAAACCAGACAUCUGAAGAAGGCACAGAUUGCCGUUACUUCCAAUCACUCCCUCCUCAGCCCGGUCACAUAGAAGACGUAGAGGAGUUGGUCACCGCCAGUGAACAGGAGAGUGUGGACAGUGACAAGUACAAAUUCAAAGUGCCUUGUAUGGAAGCCACAGGUGCAGCCCCAUGGGACCUGUCUGUUGAGGAACACGAACUUGUUACAGGGCUGCUUAAAUUUGACCGUUAUGGAGCAAAUGCUACAGAGGAUCCAUCCACAGUUCGUUUUGAAAUUGGUGGGACAGAUUUGAAGCCUCUGGGUGAUUCAAGCUUCCAUUCUCAUCGUAUCACAGGUGAUCCAGUACCAGCCUGUAGAACAUCUAGAGAGAUUGUUCAUAACAUUGAAUAUGAUGCUGCAGAACCUGGUAGCGAUAGCCCUACUUCUACAGAGAGUAGCGUUUCAGGAAAUAAGGUGCAUGGGCCAGCCUUCUGCAUAUCAGAUACUACUGACUGUUCUUUGACACUUGAUCUGUCAGAAGCAAAUGAUGCAAAGCUCGGUGGCAACAAAAUGAAAAGGGAAGAUGAUGCUAUGGCCCUUUUUAUGAAUGACCUGCAAACUGGCGGCAAAGCCCUUUUAGGUAUCAACUCUGCAUUUCCAACUGAUAAAGAAGACUCUAGUACCAAGCUUGGCCUUCCAAAGGAAAAACUUGUAAAGAGCAAAGAUGCAUUGGGACCAAAGAGAAACUCCCUAAAAGAUAAAUCUCCAAGUUCCACAAAAGCCAGCAGUGGUCCCCCCAGUCACCCCAGACCAGUCAGAACUCUGAAUGCCUCUGAGAAUGCAAACAUGAGAAAAGUUGUGCCUAUUUCCAGGUCAACUAAAGCAGCACCCCCUACUUGUACAAAAAAGCCAGAGGCUAAGCCCGCUCCUCGAGACACUACUGUAACUGAAACACGGCUGUCACGUCGCAAUUCCGUUCGGGGCAUUGCAGAAACAGUGCCAAAACCUCUGUACAGGCAAAGCAUAUCUGUAGAGGAGCCAAAAUUCCAGCGAGGGACUACAAGUUCAAGCAGUGGCCAUUUUGAGAGGGAGCAACUGCAGCACAAAGGCUCCUUCAAAAAGCCAAGCUCUAAACCUGUGAGAUAUAUCCCCAAAUCAAAAAACGAUGAAACAAAGAUGUGCCGCUCUUCGACCAAACCCCAAUCUCCUGCAGAUGCCAACAAAAGCACAGCUGUCAUUGUUCCCAAGACACCAGCUCCUGUUCCAAGUUUUGCCCGGAAUACAGUGGCCUCUUCCUCAAGAUGUGCAAAGGUGGAGUUGCCUGCCUCUUCUAGAGCCCCAACACUCACAAGGUCUCUGUCUCAGAGGCUGCCUAGGAUGAGGAUAGCAACAGCAUCUGAUGAGUUUAAUCCCAGGGAAAACAGUGGAAGCCCUCUGAAAAGAGCAAACAGUGCUAGAAUGAUUAAAAGGAGCACUGACACUGUUGACCAUCUAAGUGUUAAGAUGGAGCCUAUGUUAAGAGAACAAACAAACAUGGAGAGGUCAGCAUCCCUUAAAUUUAAAGAAGGGAAUCAGACUACAAUAGGGAAUUUACUGAAUCACUUCUGAAAAUAAAGGGUGUUAUCAUUUUAGCAAUAUAGAAUGUGGAAAACCAGCUUUUUCAACACUGCAAUCUGUCUGUUGUGAAAUAUCCCAAGAAGUUAUGUUAUCUUUUAAUAGUAACAAAUGAUAAUUAAGGUACGUUGUGCAUCAGAAAUGAGCAGCUCCUUAGCUCUCUAGUCUUGAUCCUGCUGUAUGUCUGAAUUGAAUGUAUCCAAAACAACUGUGAUGGAAUUGCUGUUAACAAAGUUUUUUGCUUUUGAAACAUAGUACCUCUACACUGACCUUACAUGCUAAAGAAAUGGAGGGAGAGAGAACUAGAGAUUAUGUUCAUAACCACGGUUUUUCUAAAUAUGCAGUUCAGAACUCCUUUUGAGAAAAAGUAUAUGAAAAGCAGACUUGAAUCAUUUUAAAACCUUGGCUCCAAGAAUAAAUCGUGCCUCUUGCAGGGUCCAUUGCUGGCAAUUGGACACAUCAAACUGCUGGCCUACAAUAAUGGUAAACUAGGAUACUGCUGUUUGGGAGAAGCACUGUUAUAAUACCACUUUGAAUAAUUUGUGGCAUGUCUUAAUUUGUAUCUGUGUCUGUAAGGGGGGGGGGGACUCUGCUGGGCAGAAUGUUGAUUCUCCAUGAGUGUGGCCAGAACUGCCUUGCAUGUACAAGUAGAAUAGUUCAUGGAAUGACUGGAGCUGGAAUGAGUAGGGUUAACUGAAGGCUAUGGCUUUCAGAUGCCAAGGGUAGUUAUUAGAGAAGAUGACUACAAGUGACCUGAUUUUGUGUCAGUCACCUGCAAACUUGCCAGCUUUUGGUGUAAAAAGUGCCAUAUUUAUAAUACAUAUCUGAGAUGCUGCAGCUUUAGAAACCUGUGAGAGCUGCAACCUCAUGCCAAGCUCUGUUCCUACCAACUCUUGUUUCCACUGUUUUUGGCUACUACCAGAUGACUUGAAAUGCUGCUAUGUCUCUGGUUAGUAAGUCGUUGGUUUCCCUGCUGCCUCCCUUUUGUCAAUAUGACCAGUUGGCAUGAAACACACAAAUUCGUCUUAUGCAUGACAAAAGGCGCUUUUUUGUACAAUAAGCUUAAUUUGUUUCAGAUACGGAUUUUAACACUACCUUUUUAAACUUCACUUUUUGAUAAGAUUUUUUUUAAAAAGAACUCACUGAGGAAAACAUAACACUAGUUCAGACUGGGAUAUCGAAAAUGCGGAAAACCUGUCAUGAUGUGUUAUGCCUCCUCCUUGUUCCUUUUCCAGGUAAAUAUAUGUAGGUGCAGAAACUGCCUGUUACCUCAGCCUCUUUAUUUAAAUACGUUCUAUUUCAUUUAUGAAAACCUCGUUUUAACAAUUGCAAUGAAAAUUUUGGGAUAAAUAACUCCUUCCUUUAGCACUACCACUUUCUUUCCCACCCCAUUAAGAUACGUUCGUCACAGCAAAUUACUUGUCCAACUGUUUCUAUAAACUAGUAAUUGACACUAAUGUUGAAUCAGCCAGUUGAGUAAUUUUACCAUUGCAUCUUUUUGCCGUAUCUUCUUUAUGUAUGAAUGGUUUUCAGAAUCUCCUGCAAAAAUGACACCAAAUGUACCAUUGGGCUUUCCACACAAGGUACCACCCCUGGUGUCGUGGUUGGCAUUACCUUUUUCUGGAUUCUAAAUGUAAUUGGAGGGAACAAUUGCUUUCAGUCCUGUAAACUUCUAGGAUUAUUCUCCUUCAAGGGUUAAAUAUAAGUGUGUUCAUUUGACCCUACUUGUAUCUUUUUGUGUGCUCAUCUGUGAGAGCAGAUGAUGGAUUUUUAUUACCUCUUGAUGGUAGUAAGCUUGAAAAGAAAAUAUUUAAUUGUUAUGCGUUCAGAAACUGUAAGUAAAUUCUAAGUAUAUGUAAAAAUGAGCUGGAUGUAUUUAAUGGACCAUUUAUACAUUUCUGAAUUUAUCUUGCUAGUUUAAUAAAGUUCCCAUUUGUGGGGUUUGUGCUA